AUGACAAAGUUCAACUGUGUUAAUCUUGACAUGUUUAUGGAGGAGUUUGCUCUGCUAGAACAGAAAAUUACAGAAGUUAAUGGCAAAAACAACGGGUUGGAAAUCAUGCUGGAGGAUGCCAACAGACUCAUGAAAUUCUAUCUGACCAAGGAAAAAAGUGUGACUGAGGAGAGAGACAGCCUUCUUGUCACAGUCAACAGCCUGCAGCAGACUUUGCAGGAGCAGUGCAACCUCAGAGUGGAGAAUGGGAGACUAAAGAAUGACAUGACAGACCUGAAACGACAGAGUGAGAAAACAGCAGAGGACGGAGAGGCUGAGCUUCAGAGACUCACCAGUGAAAUGAGAGCAGAAGAAGACAGACACAAGAGGGAGCUAGAGACUGUACAGCAGCAGUGCAGGAGAGAGGUGGAGGACGCCCACAAGGAGAGGUUCGAUCAGUUGGAAGCUAAAGAUGCUGAAAUAAAGGAGCUGCUGAAGAAAAAGGAAGUGGAUCUGGAGGAGAUGAAGAAGAAGCUGAAGGAGCAGGAGAGGGAGCGACAGAGCGAGCUCCUGAAGUUACAGAUGGAGUUUGGUGCGAAGUUAGCCAGAGUUCAGAGUACAGCUCAGUGGAGCCAACAGCAGCAGCAGCAACAACAACAUGGAUCCCAUCUCCUUCCACAGAGUGUCUUUAAGAGGAAGUUGCAGUACUUCCAAGAGGAGAAGAACAAGGAGAUUGUGGCUCUGCGUCAGAGAGUCAAAGAGUUGGAAGAGAGCCAGCGUGUCGGCGGGCUCAAUGACGGCCGUCUGAAGAAGAGAAAGAUCUAGUUUGUUUAACGAGCUGCUGACCCACCAGCUGUGCAGGUUCAUCAAUCUGCAGGGGACUCGGGGGUCAGAGGUCUACCAAAGUCUUCAAAUGCCUCAUUUUACUGGACUCAACUUCACUGCCUCUUUUGUGUGUUGCCAUACACAGAUUUGCAGCCUCAUCACAUUGCUCACAGGUGACCAGUGUGCAGACCACUGUGCAGAGAGUACAAUUAAACACAGGCCGUAUUCCUGUCUAAGGCUUUAAUCCAAUCAGACGCUUGGACAGUAGGGAGGAAGAGAGGGAAGGGAGUUAGGCACGGGUUCAAGAGAAACUUGAAUCUGAGUGAAUCAGAUACCUGGAAGGACAAUCCCAUUCAAGGAAUCAAACCUGUUGAUCUCCUUUCAUUCAAAGAAAAGGAAAUCAUUUUACUUUUCCACUUUCAAUAUGUUUCCUUGAAGUCAAACUUGUGUUCUACUAAGCUUGAGAGUUUGGGAAAUUGGAGCUAUUGAACUCUACUUCAUGUUAUUUGUGUGGAAGGAUUUCCUAUUGUUGAUGUUUAGGAAAGAAAAGUUGCAAAGUAGACUCACCUUGUUUAAUUCAAUGUGACUGAGCAUAUGUUUAUAGCUUAGGUCUGUAUUUGUAGCCUAAAACAUGCAUGCCCACCUGAGUAAUUACUACAAAUUCAUUUGUUUACAUAGAGUAACAUAGAGUCACCGGCCUUCAUUAGGUACACCUGUGCAUUCUGAUUCAAUGCAAUGCAACAACUCUUCCAUAAAUUCUAAUUUUUUGAAGUUUAUACAUUUUCAGUUUUUGUUGACAUUGUCAAAAAAGAGAUAAUUGUACUUUAUGUUUAUUACUGAGGUCGAACUAAGUGGUGGUGGCAUACAUGAAGGGGGCAAAAUAUUAGGAACACCAUUCAAUAUAGUGCACCCUAACACCACCAUCACCCACUAUGACCUCAAUAAUAAACAUAAAGUAGAAUUAUCACCUUCCUGGCAAUGUGACCAAAAACUGAAAAUGUUAAACUUCAUAAAUGUAGAAUUUAUAGCAGAGCUGUUGUAUUGGAUUGCUUUAGAUUGCACAGGUGUACCUAAAGAGGCCAGUGAGUGUAAAUGAGUGUAGCCUUCAGUGAACAUCCAGCAAUCAUUCAGGACUUCAGGGGGAACUCCACCAAUCUUGUCUAUUUGCAGAUGUGGCUUAAAAAAGUUAUAUCAAGCCUUUUGUGGCUCUAAGGGAGCUGCAUAAAGUCUGACAUCGGCAUUGGUUGGUGCUGAAGACUACAAGUUUGAAAAUGAAAAAGUCUGGGGGUGUGGAAGUGAAAGAAUUGAGGUUACCAGACCUCUGUAGCCCCUUCCUCAUCUCUGCAUCAGGGUAGUGUCUUGUUUGAUAGUGGGUCAUCUAUGUACAGAGUUUACUGGUCAAACUGUCCAUAGUGAGUGUACAAUAUUAUAGAAGUGCAAUGCUCUUUUAAGAGUUGAAAAAUCAGAUUUGAGUGCAAAUAUGCUUAUUUAUUUUCUUGAUACCACUCUCAUAUGCAUACACUAAAUAUAAAGUUACUGCCAAAAGCUGAUUAGCUUAUCUUUGCAUAAAGACUGGAAACAGGGGGAAUGGCUUUGUCUAAAGGUAACAAAAUCCUGCUUAUCAGCACCUGUAAGGCUCACUCAUUGGUUUAAUUUUUUAGACAGUGCAUUUCUUGGCCAGACUUCAGAAAGUCACUGCUUCCAGCCAAGAUAGUGCUGUAGGAUGCAUGAGCCCAAGCACAUGUAUUUGCCAACAUA